CUGGGCAAACUUUCAGGCCGCGCCCCUGGAAUGUGCUUUUUUUUUAAAGGAUCAGUGCGGCAAACAGAAGUGUAACUUUGGGCUUGGUUGGUGAAGCGACAGCUGAAGAGCGCCACAAUGAGAUCUCUGCCUGUGUUCCUGCUUGUGACCCUCUGUGUCUCCUGGGUUAUGGGGGUACCGACCAAGGAGAAGAAAGACCGUGUUCAUCACAGUAAGGACCUGAGUGAUCACGAACAUGAUGACCAGAAGGGUUUCCAGUACGACCACGAGGCCUUUCUAGGCAAGGAAGAAGCCAGGACCUUUGAUCAGCUCACCCCAGAAGAGAGCCAACACAGACUGGGGAAAAUAGUAGAUAAAAUAGACAAAGAUAAGGAUGGCUUUGUCACCGACAUUGAGCUGAAGGAAUGGAUGAAGCACUCCCAGAACCGCUAUAUCUAUGAGAACGUCAACAAGCACUGGGCAGAUUAUGAUAAAAAUAAAGACGACAUGAUCUCCUGGGAGGAGUACAAGAACACAACAUACGGCUACCUCCCAGGGGAAGAAUUCUAUGACGUGGCAGAUAAGGAUAAGGAGCGCUACAGGAAGAUGAUGAUGCGGGAUGAGCGGCGGUUCAAGGUGGCAGAUAAGGAUGGUGAUCUGAUUGCCACUCGGGAAGAGUUUACUGCAUUCCUGCACCCAGAGGAAUAUGGCUACAUGCAGGAUAUUGUGAUAACGGAAACCAUCGAGGACAUUGAUAAGAAUGACGACGGCAUUGUGGAUGUGCAUGAGUACAUAGCUGACAUGUACACCCCUAAUGAAGAUGAGCCAGAACCAGAUUGGGUGAAGACCGAGCGUCAGCAGUUCACAGAUUUCCGCGACAUAAACAAGGACGGGAAGAUGGACCGAACAGAAAUCAGCCAGUGGAUCCUCCCCCAUGACUACGACCAUGCUGACCUGGAAGCCAAGCACCUGGUCUAUGAAUCUGACAAAGACAAGGAUGGGAAACUGACCAAAAAGGAAAUCUUGGACAACUGGAACAUGUUCGUUGGUAGCCAGGCGACAAACUACGGCGAAGAUCUAACGCGGCGACAUGAUGAAUUUUGAUGGACUUGUUCCCUAGUUCCUACAUGUCAGCAUAUUGCUGGCCUUCUUUACCUUGUCUUAUGGUGGCAGAAGCCUAGGGUCUCUGCCGCCAUAUUUAUUUGUUUGUCUUGAGGGUUUUUUUUUUCUUUUUUUUUUAUAUGCAAAUUUUUUCACCUAGAAACAAUUAAUGUGAAAGGCUCAGGAAUCUAAUGAGUAUGGAAGUGGGGUGGGUGUGGUCAAACAGCGUGUAUAUAUCUCUUUAUUUCUAAGGGCAAAACAGACCACUUCUGGGCAGAGCAACUCCCUAUUUAUGCCAUUCCUAGCUCCAUAGCAACACUAUGGCCCCAUAAUCAGGUGGGAGCUUGGGUUACAUUUCUAUGGUAAUGUCCCUUAUAAGUUAUAAAGGAGUUUGUUUGAGAACCCUAAUGAUUUUACAGGAAAUCUGUCGGCCACUAGCAUUUAGUAGGCCACCCAUAGGCUCUCCUUUCACUAGCUGGAUGCUGAAGAGGUAUGAGAGUUUAAAGCUGCAGUACCUCAUUACACAUAAAAUGGGUGGGGGGGAUGAGAGUAACAUCGUAAGAAUGCAGAGAUCUGUUACUGGCCGCACACUAUCCUGAACAGAGAGUUGUAAUGGGGUGAUAGGAGCGCCAUCUGGUGGCAAGCAGGUAAAUCUGGAAAAGCGAAAGCUGAAUAAAAAGUGAAAUCACUCAAAUUCCAUAAAGAAAUGAAUGCUGAUUGUGCCCGAGUAUCACUGUGUACAUCAUGGUAAACUACCAAUUUAAAAUGUAGGGGCAUAUUCAGUCUAAUGGAAGCUGUAGGGGGCAAAAGGCUGCAACUGUCAUUUAUUCACAACAGUGCCCCCUUCUAUCAACUGCAGUGGAUGUGAUUUUUGUCUUCUAUAUUUACACCAUGGUAAAAUUGAGCCCUGAUGUUAACAGUUGGGGCCACUAAACAAAAGGCCCAAUUAUUCAAAAUAAAAUAAAAAAACACGGAGGGCUCUGCUACACUGGUGUGUCCCCUUAGGCUGGCUGUGGCCCUGUGCCGUCUCCACUGAGAGACCUUCCUGCUCCAAUCACCAACCCGCCUGGCACAAGCACAGUCAGUAGCAACCAUAGGAACACCAUUGUAGCCGAGUCUCUCUCUAGGUCACACCACUGCACUUUUAGCCAUUUGUAAUUCUGUGUGUUUGGUGCUUUUGUAUACAAACAUCCAAUAAAAAUGUAAAAAGAACAGGC